CCUUUAUUCCAAAGGAAAUCCUGAUGUGCCAUAUGUGUGAUGUGGAUAACUUCUACUCAAUCAAUUGUUAUCAAAAGCAUUUGGAAUCAAAGGCCCACAAGACAACUGCCCAAGCAUACCACGCCCAAGGUUCUGCUAUUCUUGAAAUCCUUAGGGCUGAAGCAAAGUUGGCUUCUCAGCGACAAAUUUUGAUGGCUUGGAAGAGUGGCGCUAGAGGGCGGAACCUGAUGAUGUGUGGCAAGUGCCAGUGUAGAAUUUCUGGUACUCUUCAAGAACAUAACAAGACAAUUGAGCAUAACUUGGUAUCUCAGUACCUGAAAGUUAAAUGCUGUGGUCAUGCAUACAACAUAAGAGGAGCUUUAGAGGAGCACAGACUCUCUCUGCUCCAUUUUAAAUGGCAAAUGGAGCUGGAACAGGAAAUUAAAGAAAUGGAAAAAAAGAAGAUGGAAAAUGAUGGCAAUAUUUCUGAAGAGACUAUAAUGAAGAUGUUUCAUGAUGCAGUAGAACAGCACAAGGCCAAUAAUUGUGAGGAAAUAAUGACUUCAAAAACACUUCCUCCCUAUGAUCCUGCUGUUCCUGUGGGUAAGUAACUUCAUUGCAGUAAA